AGCGCGAGAGAAAGCCCGGGAGAGAGCGAGAGAGGGAGAAAGGGAAGAUGAUGGCAAAGAAGCCCCCCAAGCCGGCUCCUCGACGGAUCUUUCAGGAGAGAUUGAGGAUCACGUCUCUGCCCCUCUAUUUCCAAGGUUUUCUAGACAUCAGGCGUACGAAGCACGAGCAGGAAUUCACACAAUAUUGGACGGAACUCAGGGGCACCACACUUUUCUUUUACGUGGAUAAGAAAAGCACCAUGUACGUGGAGAAGGUAGACCUGGCGGCCCUGGCCUGCCUCCGUGACCGGGAGUCCGGUGGGAAGCGUCCGGCCGAGUUCCACCUGGUGCUGGCCGACGAGGAAGUAGAGGUGAAGGCGGAAAACUCCGAAAGCCAGGAGGAGUGGAGGGGGUUUAUCCGGACGGUCACUGAGCUGUCCCUUCCUCAGCUGUCCCUGCCCCCGGGACAGAUGAUCCGACUGCAGGAAGUGCUGCAGAGGGAGAAGAAAAGAAGAAGCGAGGCGAGGCAGACCCCGGACCCUCCGGAGGCCGGAGAGAAGUCGCCCUCCGAAGACUACAGCGAUGUAGAGAACCCGAAGCCCGGGUGCUUCUAUGCCGUGACCCGGAAAGAAGCCGUGGAAAUGCUGGAGCAGAAUCCUUCUUCCGGAAACAUGAUCCUGAGGCCUGGGAGUGACGGCGGGAACUUCUCCAUCACCAUCCGCCACGAGACAGACACUCAAAACAUUAAGCACUACAGAGUGAGAAGAACGGGGAGCAGUUACACGAUCGAUCUGGAAAAACCGGUGACGCUCCCCAAUCUGUUCAGCGUGGUGGACUAUUUUAGGACGGAAACGAGAGGACUCCUGAGGCCGUUUAUAUAUCGAAGCGCGGAGGCUCCGGGCUCCGUCUCGACAAAGAGCCCGCCGGAGGCCCGGGAAAACACGCUCACGCCUUUAGCUGAAAUGUCAUCUCAUCCCCAGGAGAACGAUUACACCGACGCCCCGACCAGAGCUCCGUCCCCCGCGGGCAGGAAGAGGAGAGGAAACAGAGCUGCCCGAGCAGUUCUAGGGUGAGAGCCGCCAGCAACGAAUGGGGAGGCUGGAGCUCGCGAGGGAAGGCUCCCACCGGGCCCGGGCGGACGGAACCUCGCGCCCCCGAUCGAAGACGAGCCCGUCCCGAACGGGCCGGUCGCCACCGUCCGGAGCUCUGCCUUCCUCGCCCGGGAGAACGUCCAGCGGCCCCUGGAAAAACGGCUGGCUCCAGCCGGGGGUUCGGGGUCACGGGUGCGGCCGCCGGGCGUCCCCUCUGUCACCCUCCUGUGGGGGUUGGGGGUCCCCCACCGGGCCGACGCCUCCGGGCCGUGACGGAAGCAGAGGUCGGCGCAACGCCCCCUCGGAGGUUUCCGCUGGCCCCGAGCCGGAGGGAGGCGUGUUUCCUGAAGACCGCUCGAGCCCCAGACGCUCCCGGGGAGCUGAGACCUGGGACGUCGACCCGGGAACCGUCGCCCCGGUUCAGAAAGGCCGGGCGCCUCGCUGUCUUUUCCGUUCACCCUUUGAACUGGCUUCACCGGAGGCGCUUUUCUGGAUCUCUUCGGUUUACUGGCUGCGAAGAUAUCCCCUCCCAAACGAGUCCCGUCCAGCUUUCGCCUCUUGCGAGCACGGGCCGGCCCGACGGCUCCCCUUGGUUCCCCACCCGUCCCGCAACUCCUGGCGGGCGGGUUCGCCCCGGCUGAGAUGUCUCUCGGUGUCCUCUGCACCUUCCGCUCCCUCAUCCUACGGGUCUCCGCUUUCUCCUCUUCUCCUCCCACCCUUCCGCUCCCCCUACGUUGCGGGCAGGGAACGCGUCUACCGACUCUGCCGUA